AUGUCAAGACUUUGCAAGAUCAACGAAGAACCAUCUUUUGAUAGAGAAAGUGAACAUCACGUAUUCACAAUCAUUGAAAAAAGCUCUCCUAAAGCCAUGAAUAUUUCUCAGAUAGUUACCGACAGCCAACAAGACCAACAAGUAAAAGAAGCCGUUUCUAAAAUAAAUGAAAACUCGUGGAAUUCAUUGGACAAAAACAUCUUCUUCCCAUUCAGGGAAGAGUUAACAACCAUGGGACCAGUUUUACUCCGUGGAACUAAACUUGUCAUCCCAGAGACUCUGCGAAGCGACGUACUAAAGUUAGCCCAUGAAGGUCACCCAGGUGAAACAGUGAUGAAAAGAAGAUUAAGAGCCAAAGUGUGGUGGCCAUUAAUUGAUAGGCAUGUGGAAAAAUUCGUGAAAUCAUGCCGAGACUGCUUGCUAGUCACGCUACCAGAUAAACCUCCUCCUAUGAAGAGACAUAGAUUUCCCGAUGGACCUUGGCAGUGCAUAGCAAUAGACUUAAUGGGACCAUUACCGAACCAGGAACAACUACUAGUUAUUAUAGAUUACUACUCGAGGUAUCAAGAAACAAAAUUCCUUAAAACUACCACCUCCGCCGUAAUCAUAGACCAGUUACUGGAGGUAUUUGCACGCCUUGGAAUUCCCAAGUCAAUAAGAGCUGACAACGGACCACAAUUUGCAAGUAGAGAAUUUAAAGAAUUUUGUUCUCAAAACAACAUUGAGUUAGUACAGACUCCACCGUACUGGCCUCAAGCAAACGGAGAAGUUGAAAACAUGAAUAGAUCCAUUUUAAAGAGACUGCAAAUCUGCCAUGCAAAUAAUCUUAACUACCGGUCUGAAUUACAAAAGUUCACGUUGAUGUAUAAUGUUACUCCACACGGGACCACAGGAAAAUCUCCAUCAGAACUACUACUAAAUAGAAAUAUCCGUGACAAAAUACCUUCAAUAACGGAUCUCAUACACGAGCCGUGCGACGAAGAAGCAAGGGACAAUGACAUAAUAAACAAACAAAAAGGAAAAGAAAAGGAAGAUAAGAUUCGAAAUGCAAAGGACACAGACAUAAAACAAGGAGAUAAAGUUUUGAUACGUAACAUGAAUAUUCCACAUAAACUGACUACCCGUUUUAACAUGGACGAAUACACAGUUACCCAAAAGGUAGGGAAUGAAGUGACAGUUUCAGGAGGAGAUGGUCAAGUUUAUAAAAGACACAUCAGCCACGUAAAGAAGAUUCCGGAGCUACCUAGCGAUCAAAAAGCUUGUUCGACCAACACUACAUUAGAUAUAGUUUCAGAGAAAUCAGCCACCCCAAACCCUCAUGGAACACCACCACCAUCGGCCGCGGACCAGGAUAAAUCAGAUCAAGAGGACCCAGUGGACCUUUCAGCUCCCAAAAGAUUGCCACCCCUUAAGCUGAAAAAAAUGGAGGGAUU